CAGUUUAACAGCUGCUAUAGUAGAGCUGCACUGUGCUUCAGUGUAACCUUCUUUUAAUAUCAAAAGUGGAACACAUGGGCAGAGAAAGAAAAAUACCACCUGUUACUGAAAGGACUUGCUCCAAAUUUGCUGAUAAAUUUAGCAACCACUUUUUUUAAUCUUUCUUACUUUGAGAUCUAAUGUUCAAUCAAUGCAAUUUUUCUCAUGCAUAACAGACAUAUUUAAUGAAGAAUGCAAAGUAUGUACUGCACCAAACUAGUUGAUAGACUGGUUGGUUGUAAUAACAAGCUGCUCACAUGUAAAAGAGUAAAAAGAAAUCCUGUCUAUAAAAGGAAGGCUGUUAAUUAGAGAAGAGACAGUGAUUUGGUGCAAGUCAUUGUGCUUGGCAUAGCACUUUAAACCUGUUCUACACUGGAAAACUACAGUGGUUAUUUCUUAAAUCGUUUAGAGAAAGCCCUGUAUAGUGUUUAUUAAGUGUUAUGGAUGUUCUUCUCACACUUCUGAUUCUUACUGUCUCUCUACCAACAUUGCAUCUGUACAGUAUAAAAAACUUGUUGCAAUUUGAGGACAUGAUCGAGUGCACAAUACCGAACAGUUCACCAGUGCUGGACUUUGCAGACUAUGGCUGCUUUUGUGGUUUUGGUGGUCAAGGGUCGCCAGUUGACCAGCUCGACCGGUGUUGUUUUACCCAUGAUGACUGCUAUGCCAAGGCAAAGAUUCUUCAGUCCUGCACGUCAUUGUUUGACAGUCCCUACACAAACACAUAUGACUACCAGUGUGAUAAGAUUACCAGAACAAUCACAUGUCUGGGUUGCCCCACCCUUCAUCAGAGAAGAGAAGAGAUGUCGCUGCAAGAGGGAGGAGAAGUGAAAUUUAAAAAAUAAUGAUAUGCACUGAUAAAUAAUUUAUAAUAAUGCUGCAAUAUUCCAUCCAAAAACAAGAAUUGUCCAUUUUAAUUUUAGUUCCUGAAUGAACCAACGUUGUUGAACAAAUUGUUUGAGUGAAUGACUUACAAGUUCCUGAAUAAAUCAGCAUUGUUGAACGAAUCAGUUGAUUCAUUGGCUCACUCAUAAUAAUAGUACACAUACUGGCCUAACAUAUAAAUGCAGAAAGACUCAAUGAAAAUCCCUACCACUAAUACACAGGCUAUCAAUCUCUUUGGAAUAAAAACAGACAAACGAAUGAUGAUAUAAACCAUGGAAAACCCCAGAACUAACUGUUGUAUAUGUUCACAUUUACAACCUGACUAAAAUAUAAGGC